CCACAAAGUUCAUCGAUCACCUCAGUUCGCGAUCGACUGCGCGUGAGCGCAGUACUACGAGCUUUAUUUAGAUCAAACGCCGCGAUCUCAAACAAAGUAAAAAGUGUAACCUAGUCGAGAUUAGAAUAUAACAGGCGACAUGGCUGCGGUUGGCAUGAGGCCGUGGUGUUUGGUUGCGCUCCUGCUCAUCGUGUCCAGUACACACACAGAGGCCAAAAAUGUUACACACGAAGAAAUUCGAAACGUUAUGCUAUCACUUGUCCACCUCUUCCAUGUAUCAGAAAUGAAACUGGAUCGCCACGAAUUUCGAGAAAAGGUUCUUGGUGACCAGCUGAAAAAUAUGCUUCAGUCUUUGGAGAAAAAACACAGAGCACUCGAGCCCUUGAACGGGUUAAUUUCGCGUCUGGACGAACGAGUUUAUAACGUGGAAAGUUUAUUUAUUCAGAAAGAAGAAAAAGAAAAGGCAAAGCAAGAAAAAACUCAUGAAAUGUUAGAAGACAUACAAAAGUCUUUACAAGCACUCACAGCUACAUUGAAUAAGAACUUGAAGACAAACACAGCACCAGCAGACGUAGAAACAAAUUUGACAACGGAAGAUGAUUCUAUAAACAGGCGGCUGGAUGUUACCGAUGCAAAGUUGGAUGCUGUUAAACAAGAAAUUCUUAGUCUGAAGAACAGUCUGAAUAAGGACGCUUUGCGGGCUUUGUGCGUAGAAAUGGUAACAGACGUAAACCCCUUCGAGCGACACAUAACAGAGGCUGAGAAAUUACUGAACAAAUAUGAGUUGAAGCUAAAUAAAUACAACGAGACAUCUUCUAAGAUACCGACUGAUUUUGUACCUUUGAACGAAGUUACGCUUGCUGACGAGGCCUGGCACAACAAAAUGAGUGAAGUAAUGGAGCGGCAAGAAGGUGAAAUAAAGAAGAUCCAACAAUUACUGUCAAAUGCGGAGAGCAUGUGGAAGGACCUGCCCCGACUUGCGGAUAUCAAACGAGCAACCAAUGAUACCUUAGAAGCACUUGCCGUUACACAGUCUAAUAUUACCGGCAAUGAAGAUCACACUGUUAACAAAAUAGUAACGAAAUUGCGUGAAAUGAGCGAACGUCUAGUGGCCACCAAUAAAGAUAUUCAACAAAGCCUAACCCAGAGUAACACAAUGAGCGAACAGGCCUACGACGAUAUACAAAAGAGCUAUGACGCUUUAAGAAACGAGAUUCAAUCAUUCUCAAAGAACGAAAACGUUAUGCUACAAACCGCUGACGAUGUAAUUGCCACGAAAAAACGUAUAGAAUAUGGAGUAAACAGAAUUCUGCUGGAAGUUGGCGAGAGUAUCAGAGGUCAGGGCAGACUUCUAAACAGCACCUUAUUGAACAGGGUCGAUCAAAUAGAGAAGCAAAUAAUGGGCAACCAAAGUUUGGCCCUGGCCAAUCUCACUUCCAAGUUUGAGUCUGAGAUGUCGCAGGUUUGGCGGCAGAUUGGCAUCAUGUACGAACAACUGACAGCUAGUAAGAAAUCUAUCGACAAACUCAGUGAACAAACCGCGCAAUAUGUUAAUGGCAGCACUACGACAUUGGACAGCAUGAAAGAUAAGGUGGGCUUGAUCACGUCACGCGUGUCCACGGUGGAUGAUAACUUGAAUUAUUUGCUGGGACGUCUGUCCCUGGUGGUACAGGAAUUUAGCCAGAUAAAAACGGGCUUGAGCGAUGCGCUGGAAAAGUCGCACGCUGAUUUACAGGAGGUGCAAUCGAAAAUUGCCGAGAACGGCCCUGGUCCGCACGCCGUCAAAUAAAACCUAACUAGCGAUAUUAUCACAAACCAAAUUAAGGAAGAUCUUAUAAAAUUAAAUAACAUUAUCUGUAAGUUGACUGAAUUAUCUGUAAUAAAAUUUUGUAU